AUGCCACCUGUUCCUAGCAAGACGGUCCUCAUGCACAUUCUGGACAAUGUGUUUGUGCUCUCCGAAGAUCACCCAAUCCGUUUAUGUUUUUCGCAGCAGAGCAUUGAAUCUAUGGAGGAUUUUUUCAGUUUUCUUGAAGAUGGCAUUGAUGCCCUCACUUUUUCACCCACACCUGCUGACGAAAGCAACUUACUUCCACGACGGAUGCCCAUGAAGCUUGGACACUGUUGGCUUCUGCAGGCUUUCUUUGACUGGCAAGUAUUGCUUGAAUGGGAAAAGGGGAGUUUUUUGGAGAAUUCGGAACUUGCUGCAUUGACCAAAGCGGAUUUUACUUGUUACCGACAAUCUGCAAUCAAGAAAGCCUCAGCUGCAUCCCUUAUGCCAUCAGCUUCUACCCUUGGUGUCACCAGGAAGGGCCUUACACCACAGGAUGGGGAGGAUUGUUCUAAGCCCAUCAACUUUGCCAAGUUGCAUAGAAUCAAAAGCAAAAAUUCCUGUGUCUUAAAGGGUUUACCUGAUUCCACUCCUGACAAUCUGAUUGGAGAAACUUUGCCAACCAAUAGUCAGGACUAG